AUGCAAAGGGUCAGAGGUUUAGCUAUUGCACAAUUAACUUAUAGCAAAGAAGAAGUAGAAGGAAUCUUAUCAUGUUCUGUACCUGGAGACUUAAAAAAUAAUGAUGAUUCUAAUGAAGACAAUGACCAAAAAAAUUCCAAUCCAUCAUCUUCUUCUUUUACCACUACUGAUUCUAUGAAAUGA